CGCCCAUCCAAGGCGGGGACGACGGCGGGCAUUUAUCCCCAGUAUGUACGUAGGUGAGGGAGGGCAAGUGAGUGAGUGAGGGUCCGUAGAUAGAUAGAUGAUGGAGGGAACCAUCUACGAGCACACACAGACACCGGGAGCAGCAGGUCUCGUGUGGUCCCCGGCAACGGACCCCACUUGUCCCUUUCUUCCCACUUUUCUCGUGUUUUACGCUUCUAAAGCUGCGCGAUUCCCAGCCCGCGUCGCCCCGGCGCCUCAAUUUUGCAACGAAUUUGCGCCCUCGCACAACCCAAAAACGAAUUUGCCCGUCGAAGCGCAUGUGGGUCAAUACAUGUAAGGAGAUUCGAGCACCUCCAUUGCCUGGGCUGCAGGAAUCAGUCGUGCUUCGCAAGGUGGAGAGGCUUCUUGCCCUCUGGGGCUUGGCGUGGUGAGGAUUCUGAGUGUUUCGGAAAGGGGGUGUGAGAUUCCCGCGGUAUUUUUCGGGAAAGGGGUAUCGACUUUCAUCGUUGUUGUCUAAUGUCGCAGAAAAUACAUCUUAAAAUUAAGUGAGUCGAUUGUUAUUUCAGAGAUCAUUUUACCACUGGAGCCUAUAUUUUAGAACAAGAUUGUGGGCGUAAAAAAAGCGACAACUAAGCUAUGGAGCAAGGAGGAAUGGAGCAUACAAGGAGGUCCAAAAGGCAGAGAGUAGCUGUGGACUAUGCGCGUUUAGAUACCUCUGGGUUUGCAGAUUGCAUACGUGUGCAGCACAAGAAGCUUGCUAGAGCUGUUGUGAAGUUCACAGGCCAGGCACAGGAGGAAGCCUUCGCAGUGUCUACCGUAGCAGCCAAUGAGCUUGCAUCUCAUGUACACUUGACAGGAUUUGCCAAUCCUUGUGUUGUUCGUGCCGCUGACAAUUCCCGGAGUGCACUUGGCAUUAGGGUGCCUGAGGAAAAACUCACAGUGGAUCGAGUUGCUGAACUUGUUGGACGCAACCGACAAGUGAAUACUAUCGAUGUGUCAACACAGUCUGAAGGACCAGUUUAUACAAUGGACGAAUUGGCGGCUUAUUUUGCGUCCCCAAGCCCCAGAAAGCCUCUCCUAAAUAUAGUUUCUCUUGACCUGGCCAAUACUUCACUUCAUGACAUGGUCAGUGUGCCUUCCUUAGUCCAAGAGCUUGACCUCGUGAACAAGGCUUGGCCUCCUUCUCUGACUCCUACUCCAAUGGUACAGUUGUAUGCGUUGCUGAGCGUCGCGGGUUGCUUUAUGGAUUUCCAUAUUGACUUUGGAGGCUCUUCAGUUUGGUAUCACAUUCUGAGCGGAAGUAAGGUGUUCCUGUUGGUUCCUCCAACUAAAGCUAAUUUGAUGGCAUUUGAAGAGUGGUCAUCUUCCGACAAGCAGGUCAGCGUUUUCUUUGCAGACAGAGUAACAGGAUGUCAAAAGUUGGAACUGAGUGCUGGAGACACCCUUAUGCUACCUGGCGGAUGGCCUCAUUGUGUGGUGACCCCGGAAGACUCCUUGGUGUUGGGCGGCAACUUCCUGACUGGCUAUAACCUAUCACUGCAGCUCGACAUAUGGCAUAUGGAGGAGAGAUUGAAAGUUCGCUCCAAAUUCCGGUUCCCUCUAUACAAGCAGCUGAUGUGGCACACAGCCGGUUUUUAUCUAACUCAAUUUCGACACAAUGCGGACGUUACUGCGGACACGAACAUCAAUGAGGAGAAAACACUCUCUUCUCUGAGUAGAUGGGAGAAGGAAGGUCUCGUCAGUCUUUGUUCGUGCCUUCAAGCUUGGCUGCGACAGUUGAAGGACGGAAGCGACUUACCCAGUACUCCCGAGAACCCUGCGAACCUAGUGAAAGAAUUGGAGGAUUGUCUGAAGAAGGAGGGAUUCUCUGGUCCACCUGUUGAUUCUAGAACAGCCCCAAAAUUCCGUCUCAUGUUGCGACCACUGUCAGCUGAAAAGCCUGUCUCACAGUGGCCAACCUUGGCAGAGGAUGAGGAUUCGGAGGAAGAGAAAUCCCCAGAGGACAAGGACGAUGGUGAGUUUGACCCGUCUGAGGAUGUGCUAGCAGAGGAUGAUGACAUGGACUUCCAAAUAGAAGAGAUAAAAUCUCCUUGGUCGAAACGACAGCGAACACCGGCUGCAAAGAAACCGGAGAAAAAGCCAAUUGUAAUGUCUCUUGCAAAGCCUGCUGUUAUCUCAGCUGCCUCACCUCGUGCACACGUAACAAGCAAAAAGAAUACCAAGUCCAACAGUUCAGUGAGAGCCAGGCUGUUGAAGAAGUGUGGGUUGGACCCUCGAAUACCCCUCCCAACUCCAAAAGUCAGGCCCAAGGAAGACCGUUGAAUGCCUUGCAGACGCAAAACCAGGUAAUGAGCGUUGAUUAAUGAUUUUUUCAUUUUUUUCGCCCCGGAGAAUGUUUGAGCAAAGCGCGUUCUUUCUUGCUGUGAAUUAGAAGUCAAGUACAAAACGUGGUUUUACAAGUGACCGCAAGAAAUUUCCCAAGAAUCCGAUUUGACAUCCCUUGAGGCGAUGGAGCAAACGUUGGUGAACUGUUACAGAAAACUAGUUUACAGUAGCGCUGAGCCAACUCAUGUACAAAUGAAUGUUACACUGCCGCACUGAAGCCAACAUUCAGAUGAAGCUGCUGAGGUUCUAGGCUCCUGGCCUAAGCACUUCUACGCAUGUACCCAGCUACACACUAGCCUUUGAGUAUAGGUCUGUUGCUGAUUAGAAGUAUCAAGUGUGAGCACUAGCAAUAGUUCAUAUGUUAGUCGUUGGAGUUUCCAAUUGAGUUCGAAGGUGGUGCGGGAGUUGCUAUCGGCCAAAGUCUCCGUGGACUGUGAUGUCUUUCUACUCUUCAAUGUAAUUAGUGUGGAAAUCCCCUCUUGUGCCUCUCCCUUCUGCUUCCAAUCGUGAUUGCAGUUCACAGUAAGAAAGUUCUGUAUUCAUUUUAA